AUGUACCGUCAUGGUAAUGACUUAGCAUUGUGGUAAUGACAGAGUGGUGGAAAUGACAUUUCAUAUAAAACAACUGAUGAAAAAUACCUUUAAACAUUUUAAUGUCACAGUUGUACAUGUUUAAUUUUAUUGUACUGAUGUCUGACAUUGAAGACGUUUCCCAAGUUUGUUCUUCAAAUUGGGUGUGAAGUCUUCCAGUAGAGUUUGAAGGAUACCGUACACCUUUUCCUCUACAGUCAAAUGGACAUUAAACUUCUCUUUUGUUGCAUCUUUUGUUUUCUUCUCUCUCUCUUCUGACUUUCCACUCAAACCACCAUGUUUGUUGUCCACCAUCAAAGAGGAAGUCUGGAGAUCUUUCUCUUUGCAAAGAGAGCACUCCCGAUACAUGCACUCUUUGGUCAUCAUCUCGCAACACAAAGACCCAACCAAUUCUUAAAUGUUGCUGCUUUUAACCACUCCAUGAUAUAACAACUUGUCUGCCAUGAACUGAAAGUUGGCAUGUGUCCCUGUCUUUCACUGAUGGAUUGACAAUCCAAAAGGGAUGUCUUUUGGUGAACUUAGUGUACGACAGCUUGACCUCUGGUAAUUCUAUCUUGAACUUCUGAUGGAGUUUUGCCAGUAUGUCAUUCAGGUAUUGCUUCUGCAUUUUAUUCUCGUGUCUUGUCAUUGUUUCCCUUUUUCCUGUUGAUGCUCGACUGUUAUCAUCACGUUCAAAUAGCCUUUUUAUUUAAUAUUUUAUUGCUGGGCUGAUUGCAUUCGAAUGUUUCUGUCUUGAGUACUGCAGACAGGUUGGCCGUUUGUUGUUUGCCCGCAUUGUCUUUGCAGAGAAUCCAAAUUCUCUUUGUGCCAUUUUCACCAUGCAAUAGUUUUUCAGUAUUUUCCUAGCCAAAACCUUGGAGAUCACUUGUUGGUCUUUUGCACUCUGUUGCUUCUGGUAUUUCUCUCGCAGCUCUGAGAUGAUGGUGUUAUGUUAUUCUUCUAAGAUUAUGUGGCUUUGACCGCAUUUGGUGUUUUGUUUUUGUUCUGGGGGAAUCCAAAGUCCGGAUCUUCUCUGGCAAUCUAUCAUAUAUUUUUUGUAAUAUUUUCUCUGUUUUCUUUCCGCGGCCUCCAACUUCAUAUUGGCCAUACAUAGAUCUCUGUAGACUUUGGAUCUGUUUUUUUUUUUCCACUUUUCUAUGGCCUCUCUGUCUUGGGGUUUCCGAGUUUUAAUAGGAGGGGGAAUCCGGUGCCAUUUGAGGGGCAGGCAGGUAAUCAUUCUGUAUCUGUAAGACUUCAGGUGAGUGUAGUGGUGUGUUCCUUGACAGGUAUGACUCCAUAACCACUAUUUUCUGGAUAGUUGGUGUUCUGUUACUUUGGUUUAUUUUCCAUUGCCUCCUUUUUUCUCACUGGGAAAGUUGUGAGAUGGGUUUCAGUUCACCACUUUCUUUUCUCUUAAGGUAUCUUUCUUUUUGUUUCUUAAGAUACUCUUGGUAUUUUAUAGGAUCUUGUUUGAUUUUGUUUAUACAUGUUGUUGUCCUCUCCUUGGUUGAUUUAGGGGGCAUCUUAUAUAAAAAAUAAAAAUAAUAAUAAUUAAAGUCAGUAAAAACCAUAGUAAGUCACAUAAAUAGACAUCAAAAUCACACAAUCAUCCUAACAUAAUACAAAAUGUAAUGGCCUUAUUUAGCAAAUAAGUGUUCAAUUUCAACUUAACCAUGAUCAUAUAUGUAAUUUAUGUGUUUUUUCAGGUCUUAAGUUAAGUAAAAAUUAAUGAACUAAUACAUUUUGUCAUUACCACCACAUUCUGUCCUUUCCAUCACAGUUCAUUAUGUGGUGGUAAUAACGUGUGGUGGGAAUGACAUUUUUACAGUAUUUGGUCAUAAAUAGCAGGGAUUCUAGCAUGCUAAAUCCAGUUGAACAACUAGCAUACAAUGUAUCGUAAAUACACAAUCCUAAAAACAAUUUUUAAAAAUCUUACAUAAUUUGAUAACAUUAUAGCCUAUUUGGUAAUGACUUACAAUAAAAAUAUGAUAUUCUCAAGUUAUAUUUACCUUUAUUUUUCUAUAAUUUCCCAGCAUCAACAUUUGAAUCUCCCUCCAUGACAUCCACAUGCUCCACUGUCACUAUUCAUAUCCAUGGUAACCAAGUACACAAACUUUUAAAAAACGUUAUUAUCAUGUAAUUUGCUUGUCAUGGUGGUAAUGACACAAUACUUAGAGACGACUGUAUUUUGUGUAAAAAAAAAAGUUACAAAUGGCUUAUGCACAUCUAAUAUGUAUAUAGUUUCCAUUUAUUUGACUCUUUUUUUAAACAGGUGCAUUAAAUAUUUUAUAAUUAUUAAUACUUUUGUAAGUUUGAUACAUAGUAGAAUGUCAAAAGUCUGGUGUGAGACAGGACAAAAACAGUGCAAAACAGUGAAAUCCAGACAUGAAAUGCUUCAGAAAAGAAAAAAACAUUGAAAGCUGAUAAAAAAAGUUGAAGGUUAUUUUAGUCUCUACUUAAUGGAUGUGAAAUCAAAUAAAAUCGAAAUCUAACCCUGAGACACAAAAGGCCUGUAUUUGCAAAAUCACCCAUAAAUAAGCAGAAUUGAUCAUAACCUACACAUCUGCCACUGUAUAACUUUGUUUCCAUCCCUCCUCACUACUAAGUUCUCAUAUUGUGUCUACCCUCUCAGGUUCUUGCUCAGGAAUCAGUAUGGCGCACCGCUCUCAGUGUUCCUCAGCCGGGGAUAACCCCCUGGACCCCAAAUACCUGCCUUCCCACUGCCGUGAGGAGUACCGGCUGGCCAUUGACGCACUUGUGGAGGAUGACCUGGAGGGCUAUUAUGAAUUCCUCCAGAGUGCGGAUGUGGUGGACUUCCUUUCCAGACAGGAAAUUGAGCACAUUAGGUGCACAGUGCAAGUUCCGUACCAGAGCACUCAGCCUGAGCUCCCGUAUGUGGAGUCUGAGGGAGAUGGCUCUUCAGACACAUACUGGCCUGUCCACUCUGACUUUGAAGCACCUGGUCUUGACCUUGGCUGGCCCCAACAGCAUCACUUCAUAGGCCCCACCGAGGUCACCACACUGGUUAACCCCUCUGAGCCAGAUAUGCCCAGCAUCAAGGCGCAGGCUCGUCGACUGAUCAAGAAUGCUCAACAAGUAUGUCGAUCAGCUCCAUAUUAUAUUAACACUGAUUAUGUUGGGCAAUAUGGUGUGUAACAGAAAGGAUAUGCAAUAGUACAAUAGUAAAUGUAGAAUCAGGGGCAUAGUCGGUUUUUGAACAAGGGGGAGGGGGCAAUUCUGGUGGGGUGUGGGGGUCCUCCCCUAUAAUUUUUUUGCAAAUUUGAAUUUAUUUUCCUGCAUUUUAAAGGCCCAAUGCAGUUGUUUUUGAUCUCAAUAUAAAAUAAUUUCUGGGUAACAAUUAAGUACUGUUGUGGAAAUUCUUACACAGGGACACUCAAAGUCAAUCUUAAAUGAAUAAUUGUUUAUUGUCAGCGCGCUGGAGAGGUUCCAACCAAUUCAAUGCACCAUCGUACACAUGUCAACCAGGAGCUCUGCUGGGGCAGUCCCAGCAGUUGUCUUACAUACAGCUAGACACAGACAAGUUAUAUUUGCAUGACUUAGCAUCAUUAAUUCAUCAUUACCGUUUUGUUUCAUUCAUGUGACCGACCAAUACUGGUUCAUAACAUGUGACAGACCUUACGAGGCUUCUUCUCUCUAAGCUAAGACCUUGAAACUGAGAUAUCUUUCAUCCUCAAAACAAAGGUCUGGGCCUACUGCCAAAUUUCAGCUACUGAUAGUGAGGAUUCGUUCAGUCAGUCACUUGCAUGAACACAGAAAAUGGUUAUUAGAAAAGCACAUGAAUAGAACACAGAAAUUAGUUAUUAAAAAAGCACAAAUAUAAAAAAUGUCCAGCAUAUUCCCUCCUCUUAUCACUUAAUCUGUGAUAAUCAUCAAUACAUUUUCAUGUAAGCAUUUAGAUUUGAGCUUCUAUAUCAAAAUACAUAAUUAUAAUAAAUCAUAAUAAAGGUUAUACUUCUAUUAACGGAGUGAAAUCAACACAUAAAACCAGACACUUCAUAAUUUCAAGCCCUUCAUUCUGGGUUAUCAUCAACAGUGGCAAUGUAUUCGGCGAGAUCAGUCAUAUUAGAAGCAUGAUCUAGGACAAAAGUACAACCUUCAUCGCCAAUGAUUGCACAAGUGCCCCCUUGACCUGCCAAAAGAUAGUAAGAGCCUCUCUGUUUUGCAGAGCCAAUUUACGCAAUUAUUUUAGCAUUGCCAAUUUUCUCCAUGUCUCUAGAGAUCUCCCGAAUUUGGUCUAGGGCACAUGCAUAUUGAAUUUCACAGGGAAGAGAGAGAACAAGUGUUAUAACAGUUUCACACCAACCUUGAUAAGAAUGAGAUUGGGGCAAGGUUAGCCCAAGCUACAGUCUAGUGUCUCUCCUCACAAUUUAGGGACAUAGCUCUGUCUCUAGAAGCCUCACCUUUCCAAAUCAUAAUUAUAACUAUUGAUAAAUUAUCCAACCCAAAUUUAGAAUGAUAGUCCUUAGGGCUUCACGUUGGUUCUAUCACUUUAAUUUAAGACCCUCAACUUAACACACACCGAUACUGGCAGAAUGUACAUUUACAUUGACAUACAGUAUAUUCAUCUUAUAUUUCCAGCAUUAACUAUUCUCAUCACGUGUGGUAAUGACAGAGUGGUAUCUCAAUCCAUUCUUAAUCUAAAUUGCUAUAAAUGUCGCAGUGUGCAGAUCUCCAUAAUCAAUCUGAUACCCCAAAUAAACAAUUUUGGAUAAGCCUAAAUCAAUUACGGGCACGGUUGACCCCCCACCUCCCUCCAGGCACUCAUCCUUCUGGUGUUUCUUCAUGUUCUUCUUCAGACAGUGUUUCAGUUCAUCUUUUUAAUGGCACAUGUUCAAAGUGGAUGGCCCUUGAUAAUGUCUCUCACCUGAUCCGCCACUGUCCUUUACAGUCCAUUAUGUCUUGUCCAUUUUCCUCCCAGUACACCAACAGCAUGAGAGAAGUUUGAACGGGAUCUCUCUCCAUGCUCACUCCACAUGGACUCAUGUCGCACUCCUGAGAGAAAAGGCAUGAGAGAAAACACAGUCGAUAUCUUCGACUGGAUGCUGUGUACAGGUUGCUGGCUCGGACUCAGGUCUCACGGUAGAAGUGGUGGACCAUCCUGAACGCAGUUUUCUCCAUUAUUUCAGCCGGUUAGAGGGGGUGAGGUUCACACUGUUCUCGGCCUAAUUAUCUUCCAUGCAUCUAGAUACCAUCUGUGUUCACCUUCGUCGAGAGAGAGAGAGGACAGACCAGAACAACAGUUUAGUUUAGGGCAUUUCUGAUUCAGGAAAGGCUAUAGUGCAAAAUAAUUACAAUUAGUAUUAACACUGGAAUGAUAGAUGUGCAAGAGAUCAUGCAAAUAGAGAUACUGGGGUGCAAAUGAGCAAAAUAAAUAACAAUAUCGGGAUGAGGUAGUUGGGUGGGCUAAUUUCAGAUGGGCUCUGUACAGGUGCAGUGAUCGGUAAGCUGCUCUGACAACUGACACUUAAAGUUAGUGAGGGAGAUAAGUGUCUCCAGCUUCAGAGAUUUUUGUAAUUCGUUCCAGUCAUUGGCAGCAGAGAACUGGAAGGAAUGACGGCCAAAGGAGGUGUUGGCUUUGGGGAUGACCAGUGAAAUAUACCUGCUGGAGCGCAUACUACGGGUGGGUGUUGCUAUGGUGACCAAUUAGCUAAGAUAAGGCGAGGAUUUGCCUAGCAGUGAUUUAUAGAUGGCCUGGAGCCAGUGGGUUUGGCGACGAAUAUGUAGUGAGGACCAGCCAACAAGAGCGUACAGGUCACAGUGGUGGGUAGUAUAUGGGGCUUUGGUGACAAAAUGGAUGGCACUGUGAUAGACUACAUCCAAUUUGCUGAGUAGAGUGUUGGAGGCUAUUUUGUAAAUGACAUCGCCGAAGUCAAGGAUCGGUAGGAUAGUCAGUUUUACAAGGGCAUGUUUGGCAGCAUGAGUGAAGGAGGCUUUGUUUCGAAAUAGGAGGCCGAUUCUCGAUUUAACUUUGGAUUGGAGAUUCUUAAUGUGAGUCUGGAGGGAGAGUUUACAGUCUAACCAGACACCUAGGUAUUUGUAGUUGUCCACAUACUCUAGGUCAGACCCGUCGAGAGUAGUGAUUCUAGUCGGGUGGGCGGGUGCCAGCAGCGUUCGAUUGAAGAGCAUGCAUUUAGUUUUACUAGUGUUUAAGAGCAGUUGGAGGAUACUGAAGGAGUGUUGUAUGCCAUUGAAGCUCGUUUGGAGGUUUGUUAACACAGUGUACAAUGAAGGACCAGAUGUAUACAAAAUGGUGUCGUCUGCAUAGAGGUGGAUCUGAGAGUCACCAGCAGCAAGAGCGACAUCAUUGAUAUACACGGAGAAAAGAGUUGGCCCAAGAAUUGAACCCUGUGGCACCCCCAUAGAUCUCACCGCAGAGUUACAGCAUCAGGGAGUUACAACUCUUGAUAACUCAAUAAGGAAAUAAUUGUAUCCCAUAAGGUAAUGGUAAAAUAGACUAGAGACAGGUGUCCCUCAUUCAGGGGCAGCGCUCUCUCUCUGUCCUUCUUGUGGUCCAAAUCAUACAUAGGACUAUUGAUACAUUAUAAACUUCUUCAAAUUAUUAGUGUUUACAUAGCCCAUUUAAAUCUCACCCAGUGUCUCUAGUCUUUCUCGUGAGGGUGAUCAGGCCUCACCAGAAAGUCAGAUCAGAGGACAGAGGUCAUUCAACCCCAUUAAGUGAGUGUUUGUUUCCCUGUACCUCAGACAUUAUUUAAAGAUAUUUUAAACAUUUCAAACAUUUUGUGUAUCAGGUUUACAUUGGAUUUUUCAGUACAUUUCUUAUCAAGAGAAUGUACAUGUGUGCAACCAAAACUCUGACAAUAGAAACUUAGAAAUAGAAAUUUCAUUUGUGUACAGCAUCUUUUCUAAUCCGUGAACCCUACCCCCAAAAUAAUACAAAAUAAAAAGACCCCACACAAUAAAUCAAACAAGAGUAUUAACCACUAUCAAAUAUUAAUUAACAGGUGGGUUGUGUGUGGGUGCUGGCGUGUGUGUGGUAAAAAUCAUAGGUUAAAAACAAACAAAAUGUCCUUAAUUUGGGAGCUCCCUUAACAGCUGGAUCCGGGUACCUUUAACUGCUCUGCCAAGGCACUUGCCUUAGGAAGCCUUUUAAAGGGAGAGAUACAGAAUAAUUGAUAAACAUGAAAAAAAGACUUGGUAGCGGACAUUCCAUCAGUCAUAUAUAGAAUUAUACUUCAGACACAUCAGAUAAUACAGUGUCUCGUCAAGCUGAAUAGGCACUUUCUAAAGUAAACAAUCCCAGAUCCCCUCUCUUGCAAUCAUUGUCAUUUUGACCUGUUGCGUUGACAUACAAUUCUGUAAAAACAUAAACUAGUCAAAAUAUGAAAAAUGUUGUUUAACAAAUCUGCUAGGACCUUCAAAAAGUUGGUGCUGGCUUAUCAGCUCAGUACUUCAAACAUUUACUUGGAUCUACUUCAUUCUGGACACAAUUCCACGUAAUGGGAAAAGAUGAUUGUUUUAGAUUACAUUACCUUCUUACUUAAAUCACUGGUGCUACCCAGACUAUAGAAUUGAUUAAUAAUAAUUGGAAAUUGUCAAAAAUGUGUCUUAUUCAAUUAUUCAUACCUCUGUCCCAAAUUUCCCCACUGUCUCUCUUACCCCCACUGUGUCCCUUACAACUAGUUGGAGUACAGUGUGUACUGGCAGCUAUUUAUUGUUCCACAGGAAGCUUAUCUCUUAACCCAAACACCAGAUAGCUUAAACACGAGAGCAGUGGACCAGGCCUUGAAGAGUGAGCAGCCUCUAAUUUAAGUUGCAGUGCUCAAUAACAGUACCUUACUGUAAUAGUUUUCCAUUAAAGUGGUAAAAAAUAUAAUAAUUUUUUUGUUGCAAAAAACAUUUCUCAAGCAAGAAUGUCACUAGGACUGUCUGGGAGUGGUCUGAGUGGGGGUGGGGGAAGGGCAUCAAAGUGGUGCAUUAACCACAGUGUAAAUCAAUCCACCAGAGCAGAAGGGCCUAAUGGGAGGGAAAUAUAACCUAACCUGAAAACUAGCAGUUAAUUGCAGAGAGGUUUGGAACUGGUCUAUUAACUUAUAUCGUAACUCCACCCAUGCAAAACCUGCUGAUUAAAACAUCCUGUGUUGAUUUUAUUUUCAACCAGCAACUAUCAGGAAAUAACAGUUGAAAUGUUCAGCUGUUAUACAAUAUGAUACAACAUUUGAUAUGAUACAUAUUUUUGACUGCACUGGGCCUUUAACAAGAUUUGCCAUUACUCAUGGAUUCUCUGGAAGGUUUGUAGAAAACAUAGUAAAAUAAAGGAAAUAAAACAUGUAGUGGUGUUUUAAGGACAAUAUAGGAAAUAUAAUGGGUGUGAAAAUGUUUACCAAUUAAAUGUAAUCCUCAAAGCAUUAUUUUCCUCAAAAUUAAAUAAAGUUUAUGUGGUUGGCUUGCCACUUUAUAUACACAAAAGAUUAAACAUGAAAAACCCUUGUUUGUUUUUUGAGGUGCACAUGAAGAGGACUAUUCAAAUAUGCUCUGUUGGUCAAUAUUCUCAACAUGUGCAAUAUUUGUUUUGCAGAUAUCUUGUACCAAUCUGUCUGUAUAGGCUUUUAUCCAUAACAAGGCCCAGGCGUAAACCAAGCCUUGCUGGUCCUCUGUAGCUCAGCUGGUAGAGCACGGCGCUUGUAACGCCAAGGUAGUGGGUUCGAUCCCCGGGACCACCCAUACACAAAAAUGUAUGCACACAUGACUGUAAGUCGCUUUGGAUAAAAGCGUCUGCUAAAUGGCAUAUUAAUUUUUAAAAAAUUAUUUAAUUACUUAUCUGUGCCAGAACGGCCGAGAGCCUUCUGUAGCGUGAAGCAGCUUGAUGUAGAAGUACCCCCCCUGGACAGGAUGCUAGUCUGUCACAGGGCCUUACCCCCAUCCAUCUCCUUAAUGCUGAGUGUCAAGCAGAGAGGCAUCAGGUCCAAUUCUCAACUGGGCAUCAAACCCCCAACCUUUCAAGUCCAAGGCAGUUAUUUCAAAAUAUGAUCAGCAUACUUUCUAUCUGGUUUUAGACAUUCAAUAAUGGAUGCACCAAUGUGGAUAUUGUGGGCCGAUACCGAUAUCAUAUUUUAUUUUACAUUUUAUGGCCAUUCUAGCACAGAUAGAAACUGCAACCAAGUUUCUAUGUUCACAAGGCUAAUAAGAAAAUAUGUGAAAUUAUUUGAUUAUAUUUUUUACUUGCAUCACAAAGUGACUGAAAUGCAUUCAAAAGGUUUUUGAAAGUCACAAAAACAUCACAAAAGAUCAUCAGGUAGCAAUUGUGUGUCUAGAAAAUAAGAUCUGCAUUGCUUUCAAUUGCGGUUACGUCACUGUCCCUUCUAACGAGACCUGCACGGCUUGUGAGCAUCGUAGAAGGAACAGAAUACAUGUGUUCCUGUGAGUCGUAGCUUUCAGUGAUGGGGUCAUAAUAGCUGAUAGCUCUAAUCGUUCAAAAGUUGAGCUAAAUUUGUAGGAAAAUUAUUGGGGGAAAGCAUUUGCCCCCUUUCUGAUGUUCAACAUUUUUGCAUAUUUUUUAUAUUGAAUGUUAUCAGAUCUUCAACCAAAACCUAAUAUUAGAUAAAGGGAACCGGAGUUUAGAAAUAACAAAUUAAAUAUGUACUUAUUUUUAUUUAUUUAAUUAACAAAGUUAUGCAACACCCAAUUCCCCUGUGUGAAAAAGUAAUUGCCCCCUUACACUCAAUAACUGGUUGUGCCACCUUUAGCUGCAAUGACUGCAACCAAAUGCUUCCUGUAGUUGUUGGUUAGUCUCUAACAUCACUGUGGAGGAAUUUGAAUCCACUCUUGCAUGCAGAAUUGCUUUAAUUCAGCGACAUUUGUGGAUUUUCAAGCAUGAACUGCUCGUUUCAAGUCCUGCCACAACAUCUCAAUUGGGAUUAGGUCUGGACUUUGACUAGGCCAUUCCAAAACUUCAAAUGUGUUGCUUUUUAGCCAUUUUCAUGUAGACUUGAUUGUGUGUUUUGAAUUAUAGUCUUGCUGCAUGACCCAGCUGCACUUCAGCUUCAGCUCACAGAUGGAUGGCCUGACAUUCUCCUGUAGAAUUCUCUGAAACAGAGCAGAAUUCAUGGUUCCAUCUAUUAAGGCAAGUCAUCCAGGUCCUGAUAUCCAAUUGGUAGUUACAGUCUUGUCCCAUCACUGCAACUGCCGUACGGACUCGGGAGAGGUGAAGGUCGAGAGCCAUGCGUCCUCCGAAACACGACCCUACCAAGACGCACUGCUUCUUGACACACUGCUCGCUUAACCCGGAAGCCAGCCGCACCAAUGGUCGGAGGAAACACCGUCCAACUGGCGACCGUGUCAGCGUGCAUGCGCCCGCCACAGGAGUCGCUGAGGAGCACAGGAGCACGAUGGGACAAGGACAUCCCGGCCAGCCAAACCCUCCCCUAACCCAGACGACGCUGGGCCAAUUGUGCGCUGCCUUAUGGGUCUCCCGGUUGCAGCCGGCUGCGACACAGCCUGGGAUCGAACCCGGAUCUGUAGUGACGCCUCUAGCACUGCGAUGCAAUGCCUUAGACCGCUGCGCCACUUGGGAGGCCUGGUAUAAGGUUCUUACUGUGAAAUGCAGUGUUUGGUUUUCACCAAGCAUAAUGGGACCCAUGUCGUCCAAAAAGUUAUACUUUUGACUCAUCUGUCCAUAGAACAUUCUUCCAAGAGUCUUGAUGAUCAUCCAGGUGCUUCCAGGUGCUUUUUUAGUAAAUUUGAGUCAACUUUUUGGACAAGAUGGGUCCCAUUAUGUCUGCCGAAAACCAAAACAGCGAUGUGAGAGACUGAUCAACAACUCAUUGCAGCUAAAGGUGGCACAACCAGUUAUUGUGUGUAAGGGGGCAAUUACUUUAUCACACAGGGGAAUUGGGUGUUACAUAACUUUGUUAAUUAAAUAAAUAUAUAUUUUAUAAUAAAUAUAUUUUUUGUUAUUUGUAAACUCAGGUUCCCUUUAUCUAAUAUUAGGUUUUGGUUGAAGAUCUGAUAACAUUCCGUAUAAAAAACUAUGCAAAAUUAGAGAAAAUCAGAAAGGCGGCAAAUACUUUUUCACGGCACUGCAUAUGCCGACUACGCCUAUGUGUAGAAUAACUGCACAGCAUGUGUGUAUAAUGCCUCACUAUUGCAUGCUUUAACAUUUGAAGCGAAUGUAGGCCUAAUCAUAAUGUUAGACAGACAUUUUUGUGUCUGAUAGUGAGCUCUGUUGUCCUCUCCAGGUGAUCGCUGUGGUAAUGGACACCUUUACAGAUGUGGACAUCUUUGCUGAUAUUCUGGAUGCUGCCAUGCGAAAUGUUGCCGUGUAUAUCAUUCUGGAUGAACAGAAUGCACACCACUUUACUACCAUGGCUUCCAACUGCCAGGUCAAUCUGGAGAGCAUUCAAGUGAGUCUAUGAAGUGGUGCAAUAUCUUGACAAUAUGUGCUGGAGUUUUCCUAUUAAGACACGUUUAUCAUUUUGUCUUUGAUGCUUGAUGAAUUUGGGGGCAUUUUCCCUUAUAAGGCUUUCCUCUGGAAGUUCAUAUUCAGGAAGGAACUUAAACGGAAAGGAAACUAGAGGUCAAAUAGUUUGACCCGUACCGAAAUGGACCUGGGGCUUUCCCACCCGGACCCGAUAUGCAUAAAUAAAUUUUUUCAAUAUACACUACCGGUCAAAAGUUUUAGAACACCUACUCAAUCAAGGGUUUUUCUUUAUUUUUACUAUUUUCUACAUUGUAGAAUAAUAGUGAAGACAUCGAAACUAUGAAAUAACACAUAUGGAGUGUGCAAAGCUGUUAUCAAGGCAAAGGGUGGCUAUUUGAAGAAUCUCAAAUAUGAAAUAUAUUUUGAUUUGUUUAACACUUUUUUGGUUACUACAUGUGUUAUUUCAUAGUUGUGAUGUCUUCACUAUUAUUCGACAAUGUAGAAAAUAGUAAAAAUAAAGAAAAAACCCUUCAAUGAGUAGGUGUUCUAAAACUUUUGACUGGUAGUGUAGAUACCCGUUCUGAACGGACCCGAGGACAACUAGACCCAUUCCGUAUAGACCUGGUCGAAUCCAGACCCGGUCCGGUCAGCAGUAAAUCAGCAGAAAAGUCAUUUUUUAAGCUACUUUAUUAACCAGAGCUGAUAAAGCACGAGAAGAGGGAGAGCGGUGCGGGGGAGGGGCCGUACUGGGAGCGAGUGACUCUGCGAGCAGGGAGGAGGGAGGGAGAGAUGAGAGACAGCAACCAACCAAGUCGACUCGUGCUAUAGUAGAUUAAUAGCUUCAAUAGCUAGGUUAUUUAUCAUCAAAUAUGAUUACGUAGAACCUGUCUUGACUGCAUCAAACCAGGAGAAGCUAGCUAAGAUAGCUAACGUUAGCUAGCUAGGCUAAUUGAGGCUGCCGUGCAUGUGCUUUCUCAUCCUACAGUUACAAAUAACAACAACUCCAUUCAGAAUAUUAAGUAGCAGCCUACCUGUUGGCUCUUGGUCAUUGUAGCAUAUCCUUCUUUAACUAUUAAUUCCAUAAUUUUCUUUGAUUAGAUAUCUCCUAACUUUUGCCACACAUGGAGGCUCUAUGGCUGUAGUCUAUUGCCUCUUUGAUGACUUAUGAUUGGCCAACAACAAGCUACACAUGCCACGCUCCACUCUCCUGAAAAGCAACAUUAGCAGCAUAAAUUAUUUUAAAAAAUCUAUCUCGCUCGACUGCAGCUGUUCGCGUUCGUAUCUGUACGGGCCCUUCCUGACAAGUCAGUUAAAAUUGCACAUAACCGAAACCAGUGGCAAUCUUAUCAGAUCCAACCCAGACCCAUGACAUUAUUUAUAAUUCUGGAACCGGACCCGCUUCGGUCCCGGAUCGGGUCUCGGGUAUUCGGGUACAGGUGGAUCUGUGAAGACCAAUAAAGGAAACCUGUAGGCUAGGGAGAUUAAUAGCUCUGCCUCUCAACUGUGAACAUGAAGACCCACUGCCUCUUCCCUCAUUUGUUCCCAUUCAGUCAGUGAACAACAACUACUCAAUUUCAAUCAUUAUUUAUAUGGAACCAAUUCAGUACUUUUUGGAGAACAUCUAAUGAGAACAUAAUGUUUUUAUCUUGCAGUUCAUGCGUGUCAGAACUGUGUCAGGCAUCACCUAUCGCUGUCGCUCUGGAAAGUCCUUCAAGGGUCAGAUGCUGGAUCGUUUCUUACUAACAGACUGCAGGGCUGUCCUGAGUGGAAACUAUAGGUGAGGGUUAAAAAAUGAAGAAUGUGGUACAAAGUGUUUUAAAAUUGUACAAAUGUUGCAUGAUUUCUCAAGCAGACCUGACAUUAGUCAUGUGCAUUUAAAAAACAGUACAUUAAGUUUUUCUUACACCUGUGUAGUAACAAAUACAUAACAUUAUUGUUGCAUAGUAAUGGAGUUAAGAGUUCCUUAUUCCAUAUUAAUAUAUAUAUAUAUAUAUAUAUAUGUUGCUUCAUUAUGCUGUGUAAUGAAAUUAAAUUCAUCUCUCUGCCCACAGCUUCAUGUGGUCUUUUGAGAAGAUUCACCGUUGCAUGGCUCACCUCUUUCUUGGACAGCUUGUGACUACUUUUGAUGAGGAGUUCCGGAUCCUGUUUGCACAGUCCCAACCUUUGGUACCAGAAAAUGUCCUUAUUCCAGUGCCAGACUACAGCAGUUUAUCUGACAGCCAAUACAGCACUGACAGGACACCAUUGUUCAGAGAUCCCAGAAAGUUCCUGCCCAUAGAGAGCUCUCGUCCUGAAGAAUGGGCUAGACAUUCCUUUGAUGACCGCAUGGAUAUGGUUCGGAAAAGGAUGCCCCCUGGAAGGCGCGAGCCCAUCCACAGGUCACUAGAUCAGGAUCCACUAGAUAUGUACAGAAACAAGUACUCCUCACAGCAAUUUAGAAUAGAGCAGCAGUCGAACACAAUGGAGUUUGCUGGCUCUAAAAGGCACAGUUAUGCAGAGGGAACUUAUGCCAGACACUCCUCCUCUCAAUUCAUGCAGCACCAAGCCAUGCACAACUUUGAGGAGGGUAUGGCAACCCAGAGCAGGAAGAUACAUAGGGAACAGCAUCACUACCAGAGAACAGGGCCAGAGCCAGGUUAUUGUGGCUACGAUGAAUUCAGGGACCAAGCGUACCCUCCGAUGGAUCAGUAUUCUGAGUCUGGGUACCCACAUGGAAUAGAGAUAGAGCCACCAGACAACUAUGACCCUGUACUGAAUUAUUUGUCAUCAUCGAACCUUGCUGUGGAGAUGGGACAUGGCUCAUACAAAUUAUCACAUCCAGGACAGGGUCCCUUUUGUCAUUCAAACGCAAAAAGACUGAGCGUGGGCCAGCCUUAUGCCUGUCAGACCUCCCCAACACAACAAAACCCGUCUGAACAUAAACAGUUUUUUGUCGGGUCUGGUUCGGACCGCAAAACACAGGAUCCCAGUGCAAAGCAGGGGAUGCGAGAUUGGAGAAUCAGCUCAUACCUCAGUGCAUAUGAUGAUGCCGGAGAAGAAGACAUUUCACAGCCUAUUGGAAAUGACCCCUUUGAAGAGCCCCUUAAUCCCUCACAAGGAAUAUUAUUUGCUCCACUGGUAUCAGAUCCCAAGUUUAAUGCCAAAGAGUUACCCAAGAUUGCAGGGCACAGGUUAAACAAGACCACACGCUCAGAACAUUCAAGAACACCAGAUAUUAUUGUUAGCAUGGCAACAGAUGAAGGCGACAAAUCAGAGGAGAUGGAUAUAAAAGAGCCCAAAAGAGAAGAGUCAUUCCGUAGGAGGUUCAACCCUGCUAUCCAAAGGACCUCUAGGCUAAGAUCUUCACUGAUCUUCAGCUCACAACUAGAACAGCAUAUCUCUCAAGAACUGAACCUUACCUCAGGCCAACAUUGCGAGGAAACUGCCAAUGAGGAAGAUGACCAAUCUAGAUUAUCCUUGACCGCUCAGAUUUUGGGAAAACGAAGAUCCAUAACAAGAGAACCUUUUGAAUGGAGAUUUAAUAAGCCAGCAACAGUUGAUAAUUCAACCAUAGAGUCUUUGAAAUCUGAGGACAUCACUACUGAUGCCGGUGAUAAGGAAUUGCCAAAGAAUCCUCCUGUGGGCACCGACAUGGCUUCUUCAAAGGAACAACCUAAACCUGACCAUGAAGAACAAACCAAAACGGGACAAUCUGCACACCCAUCCAAAUCUGCUCAAAUUGAGCAACCCAAAACCAUACAAACAGCACACCUGCCAUCUUCAUUGAGCAAUACAUCCUAUAUAGAUAUGAAUGAUCCAGACAGUAGGUUCAAGUUUUUUAAAGAGUUGGCUGCCAAACGAAAAGCUGCAAAGGCUGCAGAGUCUGAGAGCAGCGCUGAAAAAGCUCCUCUAAAUCCAGUGACUCCAUUUGACUUGAAAACAAAGGACCCAGUCACAAGUGUAGAAGCUACUUUUCCAGUGGCUCCACUAAAUCAAGCAGAUAAAUCCACCAAAAAGCCAGCUACAUCAACAGAGACCCUACUUAAACCAGAAGAUACUUCAACCAAAAAGCCAGCAACAUCAACAGAGACCCCACCUAAUCCAGCAGAUACUUCCACCAAAAAGCCAGCUACAUCAACACAGGCCUCAUCAGAAACACUGGAGACCUCACCAGUCUCACAGGAGAACAAAACAUCCAUGGCAACACAUGGCUCAUUAGAUCUUGAUGUCAAAGACCAUGCUUCUAAAAAUAAAGAACAGGAAGACCUUAAUCUUCCCAAAACUGAGAAGAUUGAGUUGAAGAACAGUCAGAACCAAAGUGUGUCUAAAGUUAACCCUAGAGAUACAAGUGCAUUUCUUAAGCACACCUCAAAAGAGUGUAUCUUUAACAUCGCCCCAAAGGAUUUUAGUUUAUAUAAACUAUCACCAAAGGAACCAAAGUCAUCAAAUCCUGCUUCAAAGGAGCUGAUCCCAUCUUUUCCACUCACCCUAACAGAAGCUAGCUCAUCUUUAUCUCAGACACCAACGAGUUCCAGUUUAACUAAUCUCACUUCAUUUAAACAUGCAGCAAAAGAUUUGAGCUCAGCCCUUACCCCCACCCUUAAGGAGUCCAGUUCAUCUAACCCCCCGUCAAAGCAGCAAUUACCAUCCUCUAAACCAGUCACAAUAGAGUCCAAUAUACCUCUGAGUCCCACCCAAUUCAAAUCAAGUGUCUCUUCUCAUCCCAUUCCAUCAAAAUCCAGCACCUCCGUUCAUACCAUCCCAUUGCAAUCAAGUCCCCCCACUAUUCCUGGUCCAGUUGAGCCAGUUGUGUCUCCCAAACCUGACAAAACUGAUUCCAAGGAAUCUCUCAGCCCUACCCCAAUGCAAUCUUGCUCGUCCUCAAUCCUUGCCCCUGCAACAGAACUUAGCCUCCUGCCAAGCCCUACCCAAACAAAAUCCAGUUCCUUACCUAUGUCCACCUUAAUUGGGUCCACUUCAUCAACACCAAUGGAGUCUAACACCUCUCCCAAUCCCUCCACAAAGGAGUCAUUGUUUGCAAUUGCCACAACUGAGUUGAAGUCACCCUCUCCAAAGACCAACCCAAUAAAUUCCCACUCCUCUCCUAGUCCUGGCCAAGAUGAGUUGGUUUUGUCCCCCAAACCCUCCAAAACAGCAUCCAACUCCUCUCCAAAGCCCACCACAGCAGAGUUCAAUGACUCUCCCAACUCCUCACUUCCAUCGGCAAAGCAUGUCACGGAACAAACUGACAAAUCUCCUAUCCUAACACCAACACAAUCUAGUUAUUCUUCCAAUCCAACAACAAGAGAACCCAACCCUCUUCCUAACAACACCUCAACAGAACCAGGUGCAUCUCCUGACCCUACCCCAACAGAUUCAAGUGCAUCUUCUAACCCUACCCAAACAAAAUCACAUUCCUCCCCUAUGUCUGCUUCAGGUGGAUCUGUUUUGUGCCCCAAGCCUGGCCAAACAAAAUCUAUCACUUCUCCAAACCUCACCCCAACAGAAUAUUGUUCCUCUCCUAAUCAUACCCCAACUGAGCCUACCUCACCAUUCAAACCUGUCCUUGUGGAAUCCAGCCCAUCAAGUAACUCAAACCCAACUGAAUCCACUGCCUCUCAUGACACUGUCCCAGCUCCAUCCGUCAUUGUCGAUAACAGUAAGGAGGACAAACUAAGUAACCUUAUCAAGGAGCAAAAAGCUGGAAGUUCUCCUGAUGCUAAAUGUGAGAAGAAAGCAGGUGAUGCUGAGACAAUGAGCAAAACUGGUCCUGGAGAAUCCGCCUCCCAUGGACCUCAGAGUCCUGAUGAGACCAAAGAGAGUAGCAGCACUAUAAAACCAGAGAGCCCUACAGAUCAAACCAAUCCCAUAUCACCCCCAGUGAAGCAAGCUAAAGUAAGCCAGUCCCACUACCAUUCAUCUACUGCCAAUGUACUCUCUAGCAGCAACCUAAGAGAUGACACAAAGCUCCUUUUAGAGCAGAUUUCUGCUAACAGCCAGAGCCGGACAGAACUCACUAAAGAAUCUGCUGUCACUGAUGAUGCCAAACAGGAUGAGGCUGACCGGGGUGUUAGUGGUAAGGAGAAAGCAUCGGCCCAAGGACAGAGCAAAGGCCCGACUAGAACUUCUCAGGAGCGGGAGAAGCUACUUCAGAGAAUUGAGAGCAUGCGGAAGGAGAGGAAAGUAUACAGCCGCUUUGAGGUAAAGUACCAUACUGUAUCAAUAGGCCAGUAG